UUGGAUGAUCUAAGGCUGAGAGGAAAAGAGGAAGAGAGAUCAGAGCACUGCUUCAGGAGAAUCAACUCCUUACUUCACCCAUAAAACAACUCAACACUUAGCCAUGGCAUCUGUGUCAGUCAGCUCUCGUCUAAACAAGGCCAUCCAUCAGCACUACAUGUCCCUCCCUCAGGGGGACUUGUGUCAGGUCACCUACAUCUGGAUCGAUGGCUCCGGGGAGGCCCUGAGGAACAAGACUCGCACCCUGGACAGAGAGCCCCAGGGAAUAGAAGAUAUUCCAGAGUGGAACUUUGAUGGCUCCAGCACCUACCAGGCCGAGGGAUCCAACAGUGACAUGUACCUGAUCCCAGUGGCAAUGUUUAGGGACCCUUUCACACUGGGAUCCAACAAACUGGUUAUGUGUGAGGUCCUCAAGUACAACCGCUUGCCUGCAGAGAGUAACCUGCGAUCAGGUUGUAAGAAGGUGAUGGAGGAAGUGAAGCACUAUAUCCUCUGGUUUGGAAUGGAGCAGGAGUACACUCUCCAGGGGAUGGAUGGUCGCCCCUAUGGCUGGCCCCAAAAUGGAUUCCCAGGACCCCAAGGUCCAUACUACUGUGGGGUUGGUGCCGACAACACCUAUGGAAGAGACAUUAUGGAGUGUCACUACAAGGCAUGUCUCUAUUCUGGGGUCAAAAUCUGUGGCACCAAUGCUGAGGUCAUGCCAUCUCAGUGGGAGUUCCAGGUGGGUCCGUGUGAGGGGAUAGAGAUGGGAGACCACCUGUGGAUGGCACGCUUCCUGCUGCACCGUGUGUGUGAGGACUUUGGAGUUGUAGCCACUCUGGACCCCAAACCAAUGAAGGGGAACUGGAACGGGGCGGGUUGCCACACCAACGUUAGCACCAAGGAGAUGAGGGAAGAAGGGGGGCUGCAACAUAUUGAGCAGGCCAUUGAGAAGCUGAGCAAGCGACAUGCCCAGCACAUACGUGUGUACGACCCUCACGGAGGCCAGGACAACAUCAGACGCCUCACAGGCUUACAUGAAACCUCCAGCAUCCAUGACUUCUUUGUCGGGGUGGCCAACCGCGGGGCCAGCAUCCGGAUCCCACGGCAGGUGGGCGAGGAGGGGAAGGGAUACUUUGAAGACCGCCGGCCCUCCGCCAACUGUGACCCUUAUGCCGUGACGGGUGCCAUCGCAAGCACCUGCCUGCUCGGGGUGGAGGAGGAAGAGGAGAGUACUUAAGAGAGUGACCAGACUCAUAGACACAUAUAAUACUGUAGCUGCUGGUUGGGGGAAACUGGCCCUUAGGGUUUACAUGAUUGUGGGAUAGAACUAUAUUGUAGCCAAAUAAAUCUAUACUUAAGACUGGUUGGGGGCCUCCCGAGUGGUGCAGUGGUCUAAGGCACUGCAUUGCAGUGCUAGAGGCGUCACUACAGACCCGGGUUCG